GAAGAAGGAAAGGAACGAACUUGUAAAAUUUUUGGAGUUCAAGUGGAAAUAGUGAUUAAUAAUAAAUUAAUUUAAUUGAAUUUAUUACGAGCACCAUGGACGAGAUCGAAGAAGAGGCCAAGGCAGCUGCAGAAAAAAUGGUUAUGAAUAUGAUGCAAAGGCCUGGACAACUUGAAAAAGUUGAGCACUAUAAAAAGAGAAUUACCCAUAAAAAAGCUUCAAUUGAAGCUCAGUUGAAGUCAGCAGUCCAAGGAAAGCUGGAUGGCGUCAGUGUUGGUCUUAAACAGUUGCAGGAAUGUCUGGACGAUGUUCAGGAAAUUAGUGUAAAGAUGGAUGAAUUAGAGGAGCUGUUAAAAGGAGUUCCUCCUCUGGUUGCGUCCCUGCAAGCUGUGAGGGAGGAGGACUCCCGGCACUCGCAGUACGUCACUGCCAUGGACAGCUUGAAGCACAUCUUCACGGUCCCUGAAAGUGUUGCCAAAACAAAGCAGUGGAUUGGAGAAGGAAAACUGUUACAUGCCCACCAGUGCCUGAAUGAUUUGGAGAACUCUAGAGAUGAUUUGUUAUAUGAAUUACAUAGAUUGCCAAACCAGUCAUCACAUGACAAAAUUAUGUUGAAGGCAUACUUUGAAGAUGUAGAAAUGGUUUCAAAUCUACUUGAAAAACAAAUAAAGCUUAUUUUGGCAAGAACUUUGAAUACUGUUCGUAAAGAGCCCACUGUUAUUGUGACUGCAUUAAGAAUUAUUGAGAGGGAGGAGAAAAGAGAUCAAAUGGCUUUACAGCAACAGUCUCAAACUGGUUUUAUGCCGCCUGGUCGCCCUAAGAACUGGCGCACCAAAGCUUUUGAGGUGUUAGAAUGUGCCGUCGCUCAACGUAUCGAGGGAACCCGGGUGGAUGAGCGAGAGGACAAUAAGCUGUGGCUGGUUCGCUACCUCGAGUUGACGAGACAACUCAUUUUGGAAGACUUGAGAGUAGUUAAAACGCUUUGUGUACCGUGCUUCCCGCCGCACUACGACAUAGUCAAUAAAUAUGUAAACAUGUACCACACAUGUCUGUCGUCCAGUCUACAAGAUGUAGUUCAGACUGGUAUAGAGGGCAAUGAAUAUGUUACCUUGCUAUCUUGGAUCCUGAACACAUAUCCUGGGCACGAGUUGAUGGGAAGCUUGCAACUUAACAUUGAUGUUUCUAAACUGCCUCCUUUGCUCAGUGAAGAAAUUAUGCAAAAACUACAAGAUGAAUACUUACAGAAAAUGGAAUCAAACUACAUGGAAUGGAUGGAGAAAACUCUCGAGUCGGAGCGAGCAGAGUGGAGCGGACAAAGGGCCCCCGAAGUGGAGCCACACUCUAACGCCUACCACACGCAUGCACCCGUCAUUAUUUUCCAAAUGAUUGAUCAAAACUUGCAGGUGACAGAAACAAUAAGCAAAGAAAUAACAUUUAAAGCACUGCUGCUGAGUAUAGAUCAAGUUACUCGAUAUGGAAAUAUGUAUAGGGAAGGCGUUAUACAAUUUAAGAACAGCCAUUUCGCUGAUCGUUCCCGCGUGGCGUACUUCACGCACCACAUGAUCACGAUCGUGAACAACAGCGAGCAGAUGGCGCGCCUGGCGCAGCAGACGCAGGCGCGCCACUGGCCGCCCGGCCGCCACGACCCGCCUGCCGAGGCCAAGUUCGACAAGAUGCUCGGCACCUUCCAGAAUUUACGGGACGAAGCUGCAAGAUUCCUUCUCGAAGAAGCAUUCUUAGACUUAGAAGUACACUUCGAUUCGCUAUUCACGUCGAAGUGGCUACCUUCUAGCAUCCCAGUUGAUACCAUUUGCAUUACCCUCGAUGACUAUUUUCAAGAUUACAACCAUUUGAGAGAUAAAAACUUCGAAUAUGUUAUAAAUGAGGCGCAAAAUCUUGUUUACAAGAAAUAUAUUACAGCAAUGUUAUCAAAGAAAGUAGUUUUCAAGACUGUCGAAGAAGCUCAGCAAGCAGCCACAAAAAUUGUGAAAGAGGCGAACCAAAUUAGAUCGUUCUUCAAAAAGAUCGCGCCUGAAGUUGUGAACGUAGACUGGCCGUUCGAAGUCAUCAGCAUGUUAGCUGAGGUGCUCCGCUGCCAAGACAUCGAGAUGCUGUCCCUGGACCUGCACGGCGUGGUGGCCAAGUGCCCCGACAUGUCGGAGGAGCAGCUGGUGCGCCUGCUCAGCCUGCGCGGCGACGUGCCGCGCGCGCACGUGCGCGACACCGUGGCCAUCGCGCUCGCCACGCGCCCGCCCGCCCACACCAGGGCCCCGUCGCACCCGUCGCUGUUCAAGAACAUCAUUUUCAGCGAUAAACUACUGUCACACUUUGCCUUGUGAAGCGCUCCCGGGACAAAACGGAUAGAAGUCGCAAGCGCGUCGUAUUUCACCUGUCGUGCUUCAAAAAUCCAUUCAAAGACAAUGUUACUCUAGCAUUCCGGCUUGUAGAUCACACUCUGCUCCUGCGAGGUGACGUACUGCGCGCGCGGUGAGUACUGAGCCAAUACUAGAGUUCCUUCGCACCCGUCGCUGUUAAAAACAUUACUUUCAGCGAUAAACUACUGUCACACUUUGCCUUGUGAAGCGCUCCCGGGACAAAACGGAUAGAAGUCGCUAACGCGUCCGUUAUUUCACCUGUCGUGCUUCAAAAAUCCAUUCAAAGACAAUGUUACUCUAGCAUUCCGGCUUGUAGAUCACACUCUGCUCCUGCGAGGUGACGUACUGCGCGCGCGGUGAGUACUAAGCCAAUACUAGAGUUCCUUCGCACCCGUCGCUGUUAAAAACAUUACUUUCAGCGAUAAACUACUGUCACACUUUGCCUUGUGAAGCGCUCCCGGGACAAAACGGAUAGAAGUCGCUAACGCGUCCGUUAUUUCACCUGUCGUGCUUCAAAAAUCCAUUCAAAGACAAGUUACUCUAGCAUUCCGGCUUGUAAAUCACACUCUGCUCCUGCGAGGUGACGUACUGCGCGCGCGGUGAGUACUGAGCCAAUACUAGAGUUCCUUCGCACCCGUCGCUGUUAAAAACAUCACUUUCAGCGAUAAGCUACUCUCGCAUUUUGCGUUGUGAAGCAUCGAGAGGGGGGGUAGUGAGUUAGUCCCUUAGGGCUAAAAGCUGCGAACGCCCAUGCUAAAAAGCGUGAAGCGCGUCUGUUAUCUCAUCUCCCGGAAUGGUGAUGGAUAGAAGCUGAUAGCCCGCUCUCACCUGUUGCGUUUCUUAUUAACUAAAUAUUGCCGCAUCGCGCUUUGCAGGCGUCUACAAUGAAUGAUUGAGAAUGAGGUGCUUAAUAGAUGGCGCUGUGUUGUCUACGUACGUAUUUACACCGCGCCAUAAACACAAUGAAACGUUGUAAGAAAUUAUUUAAGUAAUUGUAAGUAAAAGUAUUAUUUUAUUUUAAUCAUUUGUAUAUUGGGAUUGCAAACAAAAUUAGUUUAUGGUCAAAAUUUAUUUAUGAUUACAAUACAUUAAAUCUAGCUUUAUAUUCAAUGUACCUAUGUACUUUAUUAUUAUUCAGUAUAUCCAAAUACUUUUUUUAUUAUAAUAUGUUCUAAGUAAUUAUUAGAUAGAUUAUUUUCAUAUACAAAAUAUUGUAUACCUACCUACUCACUCAAUAAAAUUGUCCAUGGUUUAA